AUGGCACAUAUUAUUGAUCCUAAAAAUGUUAUUUCACUUACACUUUCGGAUGAAAGACAGACACCUGAUCAAAUUCAAUUAUUUCUUUCCCAUUUUCGUAUUGAUCAAUUUAUUCGACUACGUUCAUUGACUCUAUUUAAUAUAGAAAAUGAAGAUUUGAAUGAAUUUCAAAAACAUAUCAUGCAAUAUCCUCUCACAACAUUCUCAAUAUCAACUCCUGACUUUUGUGAAGGCAACAGGGGCGCAUUAUUAUCAUCUAUUAUAUCGCACAAGAGUUUACGCAAACUCGAAUUCAAAGGAGACGGUUGGAUUCUCAAUGACAUACAAUGGCCUAUUUCAUGUAGAUUAGAACAUGUGAUAAUUUGUUGUCAGUGCAAUUGGAAUACAGUUUAUUCUAUUCUUGGUCACUUACCUCAACUACGAACAUUAAUUUUGAAAGAUGUUUGUGGGAAUCGAUUCGAUGAGACUAUUAUUAUACAGUCUAGUCAAUUAACUUCACUAUUAUUAAACAAUAGUUCUGAUAUAACAAUGGACAAUAUUGAGUCAUUGCUUUCAUUUUUACCUAAAUUAACACAUUUUCGACUAAUUGGCCAAACAUCUAUAACUGAUCCUUUAUUAUUUGAUGGUUCUCGAUGGGAAAAUUUUAUCGAAAUGAAAUUACCUCUAUUGAACAAAUUCGAAUUCUGGUUGACUAGUGAUGCAUUCGAUGAGGCAGAUCGUACUACUGUAGAAUCACUAAUUGCACCAUUUCGAACAUCAUUCUGGCUUGAUACCAAACAUUGGCUUGUUAAAUGUGACGGCGAAUAUAAUGAAUAUAAUCGAAGAUUUUAUCUGUAUUCUAUACCAAUUUUUCAAGAUAAUUUUCAUUAUUCUGACCAACGAAGUACAAUUGUUGAUUUCAAGUUGAAUACCGGUGUUAAUAAUAUAACAAUCAUCCACAAUGCACAUGAAUUAUCCUUAGAUUUGAGCCAUAUGAUGACUCCGAGUAUUGGACAUAAGAUUAAUUCAAAAACGAAUUAUCUAUUUCCAAAUGUGACAGAGCUUGAACUGAGGAUUGAUCGAAAAUGGCCCAUCAACUCAAUUGAAUAUCUUUCAACAAUUCUUAAUUUAUCGAAUCUUCAAACACUACACUGUUUUGAAGAUUUUAAUUCACAUAUUCUAAAUAUUAAUGAAUAA